UUAAUUAUUAAUUAUUAAUUAAUUAAUUUGUUAUAAAUGUUUUAGUUAAAUUUGUAAUUUUGUCUCUAAUUAACUAAAUCAUGAUUACAGCCUGUAUCAUUGAUUAUAAUUAGAAAUUAAUAAAAUAGUUUUUCGCUCGCCUUUUCGUUUCCCACGUGCUAUUCUUAGCCUAGUAUGUAGGCGUGUCUAUGUGUGACAUCACAACAUCAGGCUUUUUACACUCCCCCCAUAGCAACGGUUGAGUGGUCGCAACUUCUCUCAAGUCGAACUCGAUUCGUCUCGUUGACGGUCUCCUUCACCUUACAUACCACUUGUUUACACUUGUUCUGGAUAGCCUAUCGUCUGAGCGGUGGUCGCUGAUUGGAGACUGAUGCUGCUUGUUAUGGAUGAAGUCUCUAUUCUUGAUGGCCUUCAGGCUCGUAAUCUGCAGCAUCGUAUCGAAGCUUUAGAAGAGCUGCGCUUGCACGUGCGAAAACAAGGAGAGGCGGGAGAGAAGUUGGCCUUUUUUCGACUCUCCGAUCUCUUCGAUCUACUCAAUAAUGCUCUCAGCGACCGCCAGUGGAGUGUACGACACCAGUGCGUUCAGUUGGUUUGUGAAAUCGUUCCGUGUCUGACGGGCAGCGACGUGGAAAGUUUGGUGUCGCGUUUGAUCUCUCAUCUUGUAAACAACGCGGUAGACAGCAAAGUAGCCAUUCGUAAGGCCGCCUCGCAGGCUCUCCAGUUGUAUGUGAAGCAAAGCAAGUCGCCUGUGAGUGCGAAGCUUGUGAUAACGAGAGCUUUUUUCGCUUGCGAUCUCAAGGAGGAAAGAUUCAACUCUCUGUCCCCUGCCCUGCUCUGUCAACUUGUUACUAACGAGACGAACGAACAUUUCUAUCCUUUGGUGGAACUUCUAACGGACGAAGACGUAGUGCAAGCAAACAGACAACUGGCUGUAACCUGUUUGAGUCACGUCAAGCAGUCAUUUGGUGUGGAACGGUAUCAGAGUUGCAUCAACAGAUUGCCGGCGAAAUGUCAACUUUACUAUCGACUUCAUCUCGGAGGAGAAACGGAAUGUGAUGUAAAAGAGAGUCAUGUGAACGGUCAUUACACUAGAAUCAGUCCAGUAAGGAGUGAGGAAGAGGAGAGUGUGGAGUUUGGGUUCGUGCCUCAGUCGACGAUGGAGAAACUAAAAGACAAAACUCAGUGGAGGAAACGCGUCGAAGGCAUUGUAGAACUAGCGGGUCUAAUAGACAGACUAGAAGAUGCACGAGUGAUAGCACCACAUCUUAGUUCUCUUGUUAACUUUGUACUGCCAUUAUUGGACGAUACAAACUUCAAAGUGACUCUCAUAGCGUUAGAUAUCGUCGAACGACUCAUCACGAAAGUCAGUCUUGGAUUGAAAUCGGUGCUUGACAGACUGGUUAUUGGACUAUCAAAGAAACUUGGAGACAACAGGAUUGUUCGAGAGGCCAACAUGAGAGUCUUUACUCGACUGAUGCAGGCAGUCACUCCUAAACCAGUUCUCGACGCUUUACUUCCAUCUCUAAAACAUCGAAGUUCUAGAGUUCGUGAAGAGACAAUAAAUGUUAUCAUUUCAGCGUUGCUAACGUACCCUCGAUACGAGUUCGAUCUGCCGGCUCUUGCAGAAGACACGGCUCCCGUACUUAUGGAUCAUAAACAGCGAGUACGACAAGCUGCGUUGGAACUAUUUGCUGUUCUUGCAUCAAGUCUUGGAGCAGGCAAUCUCUUUACUCUUGUAUCUAUUGUAGGACAGAUUGAACAAGCAUAUGGUCACCAGAUGAGUGCAAGUGGUGAUCAUCCGGGAGUUAUGCUCGCAGUGAAGGCUCGUUUGGCUCGUCGUCAGUUGCCUAGAAUCAAUGCGCAAGGGUUAGUAGAGCAUGCUAAUCCUCUUCCUAUUUCGUCUGCUACUUCUGUAGCUAGUCAUCGUCCAUCAGUAUCGGGACCUGAUGUUGACUGGGUACUUGCAGCUCCAGGAACAGCAACCCCAUUUGGUGCACUGACCAAUGCUGACAGGUCUGAUUGUAACGUGUCGGCAAUCUCAACGCCCACAAGGUUACCCAGUAUGAAUCCCGUUUCAGCAGGACCUACGCCUCGUCGCAGUGCUGGAAAGAACCGGUUGCCAUGGGAACCAGAUGGUUCAAAGGAAGGAAAGUAUCCAAGAAGUAGAUCGGCGAAGGAAAAAUGGAAAGAGACUGCAACCCUUUCACCUGCACCUCCCAUAAAACCAAAGAAUUCCUGGAACUGUAAAGAGCAGACAGAUGAGGUAUCCAAAAUUACUCUGAAUGGUGCAGUAGGAUCGGCAUCUCCUGGUUCAUAUGCUGAAUUACACAUUAAUAAACUGAAGAGGUCAACUGCCACUUUAACAGACAGUGCAGUAACCAGCGCUGUUUCGUUACAAAGCAGUUCUAGUAUUCGUGCAGGCCGUGACUUGAGUCCUCUAGUAGCUAAUCCUGGAAAGCAGCGAAUUCAGUCUCAUCGAACUGGUGAAGACAAGCCACCUCUCCCAUCUGGGUUAAUACCAAUUACCACAGUUCCAUCAGCAACUCCAUUGCUUUCAUCACUGAAGGGGCGUGAGAAGCAGCUGUUGCUGGGUGAUACCAGGAGUCUCUCUCUCACAUGGCCUCGACAGAAGGUAUUGGGGGGAUCUUCACAUGGGAGAGAAGAACAGAUGAGUGCAGAUUCUCAACGCAAUGUUAAUCCCAUGCUGUUAAAAAAGGCAUUGGCACGGCCUGGAUCAAAGAAAAAGAAACAGGAUGAAAUUUCAACACCGAAACGAGUGAAAAGUGGCAGUCAGUCACCAUCUGAUGAAGAUAAACGGAUUCAACGAUAUAAGAACGUGACAGAAGAGAAUGAGUCUCUGUCAAGUCCAUCUAGUGAUGGUGAUGAGCUGUUACAUUCUGAUUUAAUUGUGGACAAGUCGAAGAGAGAUAUAGAGCAAGAUGUUGAUAGAAAACCGAAAUUUGAUGUUGAACGAGAUGUUUCAGGAAAUGUCGUGUAUCAGAAGCCAGUGAUAGCAAGAACUGUAAGAACACCGAUGAACAAGAAAUUGAGCAGAGAUCAUGAUAAAGUAAGACAGAAAGAGCUGACGUCUCAUUUGCCUGGACCAGUCAAAAUGAACAGAAGGGUCACUGAACCAGCAAAUGUUGUGUUGACAAGACAUGAUCCAGCAACUGACGAAUCUCUGCGAUCAAGAGAAACCAGAAGUGAGACACCAGAGAAGAGACUUGAUAGUUCUCAUGGCGUUCCACCUUUCUCUCAAAGUUUGCGGAAGAAAGUGUUGGAGCAGUCAUCCAGCCAACGGACUGGUAAACUACAUGUGAAGCAAAGUGAAAGACAUGGAUAUGAAGAAAAUACAAGUGAAAGGACUGGGAAAGGAAGUGAUCAACACUUAUCUGAGCAGUCUUUCCCGUAUGUCAGGAAGAGUUUAAGAACUACAGAUCACAUGGGACCAGUACUAAACCAUGAGAAAGAAGAGAUAGGGAAAAUGGUAAAGGAACCUGUGCUUGCAGAGAGUGUGAAGAAGAAGGCCGAAGAACUAAAGCAGUCUUCACGUCAAAGUUUACGUGGCACUUCACAUAAAGGUGAUGACUACAAGGACACAAAGAACCUUGAAAGUGGUUUGGUAACAAGUGACAGUAGUGAAGUACAACAGAAAUCAGUACUUAACAAACGAAAGCGUUCUAAUGUUGGAAUGGCUGCUGUUUUUCCAUUAUCAAGAGUACCACAUGAGAAGAGCAACAGCUCAAAGUAUGAAGCAAAUAUAGAUCAACCAAAUGCUGGCAUCUUGUUGCCAAAACGUGCACCUCCUCCAUUUGGUACUGCUGUGGAGAACGACUGUAAUAGUACUGCCUCUAGUGAUGAAUUUUCAUCAACUAAAAGUAGCUGUGGUAGCUGUGAGAUGGACUCGGUUUCAGAAGUAACUGGUAGACAAAGUACCAAAACUCUUUCUAACUUGGGACAGCAGGCUUCAGUUGAUACUAACCACUCAAAUGAAGCAUCAGUAGUUGCAGCCAAGAGUUUACAUGGAAAUCAAGUUGUAAUAGCAAACAAGGGUGGCAAAACUGAACCUGAUGGAUUGUUUUUUAACAGUUCACCAGAUGGUGAGAUAGCAAUGCCACGUCAAUCUGAAGGCAGAGUAAGUAUAGAGAGUGUAGGUAAUGUCUCUGUUGUUGGUGCAGAGGUAGACAACAAGGUUGAAAAGCAGAGAAUAUCAGUACUUAAAGAAGCUGUCACUAGUGAAGUGCGACUAGAGGCAAACAUGAGAAGUGUUCAGAGCUCAGAGAAAGGAAACCAACAACCAGUACAAUCACACCAAAAUCAGCACCACCAGGCGGAGCCUGUGAGUGGAUUGAUUAGUGGUAGUACAGAUUCACAAAUGAGAAAGGAGACAUUCGUUGAUUUGCGUGACCAUGUAAUGGUACAUAACAGACCUGGACAUGGGAGUUUAGAUUUGAUCGCAAAAAAGCAAGUCAGUGAGAGUGCGAAGGUGAGAGGUAGUAUCGUAAAUUCUGUGCAGUUGGUACCUACACAAACAGUUCCAACCGAUUCAAAGCAGACUUUGGAUUACCAACAUAACAGAGAUGUGCUGUCCAGUACCACUAGAGAGAGUGAGAAGGAUUUUAAGGAAAAUGAAACCAAGCAAGAAUUGGAGGAGCUACAUAGUUUAGGAAGUCUGGAACGUGUAGACUGCAAGCCGGUGUUGGCAGCAAGUACUGCUAAUCGUAUAAACUCCAGGGGCAAAGAGAAAAGAUCAGCGAAGACUUUACAAAGUGAAACAAACAAACUUGACAAUGUGGUGCAGUCGACAAAUUUUGAUGGUGCUGUAGUGGGUCAUGGAGUUCAAAUAAAAGGACAAAAUGCCAUGAAACGACAACCAAGCAUAGAAAAUUUGAAGAAAGAUGUUGACAGUGUAGAUAUCUCUAGAAGAUCGACAGCUGCUGUGGCACAACAUACGGCAGUAAGUCCAGUUGAAAUGUAUCCUACACGCCAGUCAUCAUCGCCUGAAAUUCAGAAUCAAGGAGCUGAUGUUGCUAUUCACAAGUUUUCUGACAGUGUGACAAAGAGAUUGAACAGCAGGGACAAGCCACCCCGAAAUGUUCGUCGUAAAGAACCCCGCAGUGAAGAGUGUGAGGAUUCUAGUGCUGUUUCGCCUCUUUCAGAUGUGAGAUUAUCAAUCCAAGACCCUGUUAUGACGGAAUCUCAAUCAGUUAUCAACCCAGAUAUUGCUUUGAGGGACGGUCUUCGCUACCUGGCAUCUGACGACUGGGAAGUGAAAUGCAAGGGAUUGAAUGUAUUACAAAAGCUAACAGAACAUCAUGCUGACACAUUGUUGCCACAGCUAAAACAUGUUAUAUUUGCUGUUGUAAGAGAAGUGAAGAAUUUGAGGAGCCAAGUGUCACGAGCAGCAAUUCAGUGUCUUGGACAGCUCUAUAGUUCACUCGGUAAAGGCAUGGACUUAGACUUGGAUAUGACAGUGAAAGUUCUCCUCGACAAGGGGGGUGAGCCAAGUGUGUUCAUUCGACAAGAUGCAGACAAAGCACUAAGUGAUAUGGUGCAUAACGUGACACCAAGUCGUGCUGUUCUUGCCAUGACAGCAUACGGAGUCUCUCAUCGCAAUAUGGCUGUAAGGAAGACAACUGCACAAAUGAUGUAUGGGUUAAUAGAGCUCACUGGCUGUGAGCAAGUGGUUCGAAACAGUAAAGAAAUGCUGGAACGCAUUCUACCUGCUGCAGUCCAGUUUACCAUGGAUGGGUCUCCAGAAGCACGAUAUUAUGGUCGAGCUAUCAUUCAUGUUCUGGCAGAUUAUGCAGAUGUUGAACGGUUGGGACCUAAAUUAUUGUCAGACAAGCUACAAAGGCAGCUGCUGGGUGUUGUUGAAGGUUUGAGGACAAAAGGAUUGGGCGAAUUGCCAACUAACAAGUCAUCUGCUCAACGCAAAAGAAGCCUUUCGAAUGUAGCUAGUCGAGCAUCAAGUGGAGCAUCAAAAGCAUCAGAGAAAGGAUCACGGAAUGUGCCUCCACGCAGAACGUCUCUUGCUUCAGACAUAGAGGGAUUGUCUGGGAAAAGUGUGGUGCCUCAGAAUCAUGACAAUCACCUGCAAACAUUCCCAAUAUCUGUGCUAAAAGGACUUGCAUCUGUUGAGUGGCGAGAGAGAUACGAGGCCAUCACAGAAUUAAUGCAACUCACCAUCUCAUCACCUGCUCUUGUGGGCUCCAACAUUGUUAAAAUAUUUGACCAACUUGUUCCUCGGCUCACUGAUUCAAACAGCAAGGUCAAUACGUAUGCAUUGCAGUGCUUUGAAGUGAUGCUUCCAAACAUAACUCCCUAUCUGGACUCAGUCAUCAGUAUUCUUAUUCCAGCUUUGUCGUGCACCUUGGCAUCAAAGAAUCCAAACAUCCAACAGUCUGGUGUAAGUAUUAUUGAUCAUAUUAUAGAUAUCGUGGACAACUCAAUUCUUGUACAACCUUUCUCAAGUGUCAUUCAGUUUGGUAGUGUCAAAGCCAAACCAUUUAUGACAGACAAACUGGCAACUCUGGUUGACACGGUCUACACUCGUCAUCGGAAACUAGUAGCUCGUCAUGUCUUGCCUGUGAUUUGGCAUCUCAUUUCAAGUACACAGGGUGGAAAGAGUCCAUCAUUGAUGACGAACGAAUCACGACUUGCGGCAUCCAAACUCAUCCACAUUGUAUUUCAUCACAUGGGGCAAAUUCUCUUGGAUCAGGCACGUCAUUUACCUCCAAGAGACCAGGCAACAUUGGAAAGUCUCAUGGAUACAUUUGGUCCAUCAUAGUACUGUAAUAUGCUGUACAAAGAAGCUUUUGGUAUUUUUGGAGAAAUCAGUCUUAUAUGUAGUACAGAGAUAUCUAAACUAGAUGAUUGGAUAGUUAUCUUGGCAUGGAGAGACUAGCAGUUCAGUUAAAACAUUUAUGAUUAUCUGUUGCUGGCCAGCAGUGUAAAACACCAUAGGGUUUACAGAAGGAAUAAAGUAU